UUCUUUCAAAUGAAAUGGCACCGCAUAAACGCGGAAACGCCGCGAGCGCGACAUAUAAAAAGUUGAAUUCAAUUUUGAGCCCUACUUUGGUAAAUUGGUGAAAUUUUCGACGGUGGCUCGGAUUUUCUAUCUCGUUUUUCUGAACUCUCAGGAUAACGCAUUGGAUCCAAACCCAAACCCCAAUUGAAUUCCUCCUUUUCCGCUACCCAUUCAAUAUUCCUCUCACCGCCUUCUCCAUUUGGCGCGGAGGCUACUGUGUUACUCAUAUCGAUAACAUCAGUCAUCUUCAAUGUAGACAACUCAUCAGGAUCAAAAGAAUUGUGGACAUUGUAAUGCACAUAAGUUGUUUUCUCCAAUAGGUAUUUAUGUACAUGUUCAAAAUGCGCUGCGAUUUAGGCAAGAAUUGUCAGAAUGGGGAAGGUUCAUGCUUUCAACAUGAUACCUUAGAGAAGGCUAAUGCUAUCAGCAUGGAGGCUCCCUCAGAUCAAAUGAGUAGCAAAACCAAGGAGCUAACUUCCCAUAAUAACAAUACCUCAGACCAGGUGCAUACAAUCGAUCCAGGAACCACACAUUCUGAAUUGCCAGAAAUAACUAAUCAGAUUGGCUCUGAAUCUAUGGUUAAUGAACAAAGGGCUACUGGCACUAGGGAAACCAUGUUUCUUAUUGAUGAAAAACCACCUCCAGAUGGCGUGACUGGGAAUAUUGUUAUUCAACUUCCUGCACAACCUCAAUGUGACAUAGACAAGAGCUGUCAAACCGAAGAAGGUUCAAGUUUUCAACAUAAUACUUCAGAACUGGGCAAUGCUAUUGGCGUGGAUGCUUCCUCAGAUCACAUGAGUAGCAAAACGAGAAAGUCAAUGUGCCACCCUCAUAAUACGUCAGAACAAUUGCAUAUACUUGAUCCCAAAACUGCUCUUUUUAAAAUGCCUGAGAACACUAAUCAGACUGGCUCUGAAUCUUUGAACAAUGAACAAAGGGUCCUAGGUACUGGGGCAACCAGCUCUCUUCUUGAUGGAAAACAACUUACAGUUUCUGACAGUAUGACUGGAGAUUCUGUCAUUCAAUUGCAAACACGAUCUCAACACGACUUAGACAAUAGUUGCCAGAAUGGAGGAGCUUCAUGCUUUCAACAUAAUACCUUAAAAGAGGUUUCUGGUUCUUUAUCUAAUGAUGAAUCGCAGAACAAAUGUCAGCAGGCAUCCCAAGAUGUUUAUAAUGAACCUGUGGAAAGAAAUGGCGCAAAUGAACAAUUAGGUCCACCUUCACAAGACGCUGCCAAGGGCAGUAGUCUUAACUCUCUGCAAAGAAACUCCAGAAGAGCAACUCGUGCCCAGUUAGGGUCCAAGGAUAAAAGAACUGCAGCAUCGUUGAAAAAGAAAUAUAUCCUAAGAAGUAGUGACAGAGUUUUGCGGUCAAGGACGCGUGAAAAACCUAAACCACCCCAAUCAAAUACUAAUCUGGUUAAUCUGGAUCAUAAUGGAGAAAAUAGAAGAAAAGGCAGGAAGAAGAAUAAGCGUAGAGAAAGGAGAGUGACUGAUGAAUUUUCAAGAAUCAGAGCUCGUCUAAGAUAUUUCUUAAGUCGAGUGAGCUAUGAACAGAACUUGAUUGAUGCUUAUUCUGGUGAGGGCUGGAAAGGAUAUAGCAUGGAAAAAUUAAAACCUGAGAAGGAGCUUCAACGUGCUAAGUCUAAAAUACUUAGUUUUAAAUUGAAAAUUAGGGAUUUGUUUCGACAUUUGGAUGCAUUGUGUGCUGAAGGGAGGCUUCCACAGUCUUUGUUUGAUUCUGAAGGAGAGAUUUGCAGUGAGGAUAUAUUUUGUGCAAAAUGCAGGUCCAAAGACUUGGCCACUGGCAAUGAUAUAAUACUUUGUGAUGGUGCUUGCGAUCGUGGAUUUCAUCAGUUCUGUCUGGAACCUCCUUUGUUAUCUGAGAAUUUUCCACCUGAUGAUGAGGGUUGGCUAUGCCCGGGAUGUGAUUGCAAGGAUGACUGUUUUGAUCUCCUUAAUGAUUCUUUCGGAACAAGCCUCUCUAUUUGUGAUUCCUGGGAGAGGGUUUUUCCAGAGGCAGCCGCAGCUACUGGAAACAAAGUGGAUGAUAACUUGGGACUUCCAUCAGAUGAUUCUGGUGAUGGUGAUUAUAAUCCUGAUGUUGCAGAAGAUGAGGAGGUUGAAGGAGGCAAUUCAAGUUCUGAUGAGUCUGAUAAUGCUUCUGCUUCUGAGAAAAUGGAGGCUUCAUGUAAUGAGGAUCCAUACGUAGGCCUUCCUUCAAGUGAUUCAGAGGACAACGAUUAUGAUCCUAAUGCUGUAGAUCAUGACAAAGGUGCAGCUGAAGAAAGUUCAAGUUCUGAUUUCACGUCUGAUUCUGAGGACCUUGCUGAUGUAGUUAAGGGUAGUGCAUUAUCUGGACAGGAUAAUUGUCCUGUACCUGCAUCAUCUUUGCCAGAGUUAGAUCCUGGUGAAGAAAACUCCACUCCUGUCUCUGGGAAAAGACAUAUUGAAAGGUUGGACUACAAAAAACUGUAUGACGAGACCUACCAAAAUGCUCCAUCUGAUACUAGCGAUGACGAAGAUUGGACUGCUAGACCUGCUUUAAGUAGGAAAAAGAAAGUCACUAGCAAUGGGCUGCCAGUGUCACCAAAUGGGAAAACCUCAGUACUGGAUCAUGUGCAGAAAGAAACUGAAAAUACUCCUAGGAGAAAUACUCGUCAAACUAAAGUUGAAAAUAUGGACAGUUCAACCAGUAAAUCACUUGAAGGCUCUAAAGGGGCUGGUUCAAAUGGUAAAAAACGAGGAUCUUCAACAUACAAAAGACUUGGGGAAGAUGCAGUUAAGGUACUCUACAAAAACUUCCAGGAAAAUCAGUACCCGGACCGUGCCACUAAAGAAAGCUUGGCAAAAGAACUUGGGCUUACUUUCAACCAGGUUAGCAAAUGGUUUGAGAAUACUCGUUGGAGCUUUCGGAAUUCCCCAAGGAUGGAAGCCAGGGCAAGUAAAAGUGCUUCACAGGGUGCCACUUCCAGCAAAGUUGAAAAUGAGAUAGCACUUGGUGAUGAGAAGAGGGACUCAAAAUCAGUGUCCCAGGAGGGGAAUAUACAGAAAUCAAAAUCCCAAAGCUCUAGAAAGAGGAAGCAUAAUACCGAUACCGAGGAAUCUGAUGCGAAUAUAAACAUUGAUGAUGCAGCAACAAAACCUCUUGUUCACUCACCUAGAGUUGGUGAAGCGCAAAGGAACCGCAAAACGAAAACAAGGAAGCGAAAAUGAAUUUCAUAUUGAGAAGUCAAACUUGAUCGGUGCCUUGGGCAACAAAUUUUAAGUGAUCCAUCUUUUGCUAGAUUGAGAUCCUGUAAGAUGGAUUUACUUACUCUUAAUCAUGGCAAUAUCAGAAAGUGUGCCAUUUGUAGUUUAUUUGAUGGUUUUCAUAAAUUAACAUAAGGUGGUUCAAUUUUAGCAUGGCCCCUCCUGAAAACACUACUGCUGGCCUUCCAUUUUCUUUAAUUUUCCUUGUUUAGACUCUCAAUUCCCAAAAGGUCUUUCCCUCACCUAAAUUGAGGCAGAGGGGUUGACUUUCAUUACAGAAGUUAAAAUACAUGUAGACAGCUUAGUUGUAUACUUCAAGCAUUUAUUGCCAUCACAGGUUGAUGAUAUUCAAUCUUA